CCCACCCGUCAGCGUGAUUGCGAGGACGGCCCCUCUUUCUUCAACCAUAAGAAGAAAAGCAGCAUCGCCGCCGCGGCAACCGCUCGCCGGAGCUCUCACCGCAUCCCCGCCGUCCUCGGUACUUCUCUCAGGCGAAUCUCACGUCCACGUUGGUUCCUCCGCUCUUCGCCGGUUCGCCCCGAUGAGGUAACUUUUGCUUGUUUCUCUGCUUGACCAGAGAGAUUCAGAGCUGGUGCUUGUCAAUUGGUGCCAAAGUUCAGUACAAUCUGCAGAACCAACUUAUACCAAAUUAAACGAAUAAAAUUUUGAUCAAUAGAACUUCGAUUCGCAUUGGCUAGUAGCAUUUAAAUGUUCAGAUAAUAUCGAGACCACUGGUAGAUUAGAUUCAGCCGCAGCUGAUGUUCAGUUAGUUUCAGAAAAAAAAUUCUGGGCAAGUUUCAGAAUUAGAGCUAAUAUACGGCACGAUUCCUCUCGCAUGAGAUUCACUUUUUUCUUUUAUCUUACCACAAACAUUACACGCCAUUAGUUCCUUCUGAUUACGAUUUUAUGGACACUUCCGAAGACGAAGGCCAAGUGAGCAGCGGCUCGCCAUCUCCCAUCUCUCUAAACAUCAAAGCAAGCGAACAAUCUAUUCCCUGGGAAAUUCCGAUGUCGAGCGAAGCCUCGUCCUCGUCCUCGGCGGCGGUGGCGGUGAGGGAUCUCGGGGAUGACAACCCCUCGGCGUCGCCGGAGGUUGACACCACCUACUGGGCGGCGCAGGAAGAGGCGACCGCGCUGCUGGAGUCGAUGGCCGCGAGGGUUCGCGGGGAGGAGGAACUCUCGGAGGAGCAGAUGCAAGCCAACGACCAACUACAGGAAGACGAGGUAAUAGCACUGGAAGCUAUUUUUGGUGGUGAUAUGGUGAUCUUGGAGAAUAAGGACAGUCUUCGAUUUAUUCAGUGGAGCUUUGGUUGGAACUGGUGACAAUGAAAACCACAAUGGUGGAGAAGUCUGUUAUGCUUGCAGAUUGCAGCAUUUACCACCUGUUGUGCUGACAUGUUUGUUGCCACGGUCAUAUCCAAGUACAUGUGCUCCAUAUUUUACUAUCUCAGCGAAGUGGUUGGAUGAACCAAAAGUUUCUUACCUGUGUGCUGCGUUUGAUGAGAUUUGGACAGAGCUCCCAGGGCAAGAAGUCAUAUACAGAUGGUGGAUUGGCUGAAUAGCUCUUCGUGGUCUUUCAUUGCUUUGAAUGAUGAAAUAGUAUUAAGUCCAGAUAGAACCUCAAAAUUUGGAGAUGAACGUGCGAUUGCAAGAAGAAUUUUAGUUGAGUCUACUAUUCCUCUGAUGCAGAUUUACAGUGAGAAGAGAUCUCACAAGGUAUUUUUGCAAAGCCUUUCUGAAUGCGGAAUUUGUCUUAGUGAGGAUGCUGGCAUAAAUUUCAUCAAUCUCCCAUGCCAUCAUUUCUUCUGUGUGAAGUGUAUGGAGUCUCACUGCAAAAUUCAUGUGAAAGAAAGGAAUUUAACACAACUGACAUGUCCUGAUACAAAUUGCCGCAGUCCACUUCCACCAUCCUUAUUGAAAAGCCUGCUGCGAGAUGAUGGAUAUGCACAAUGGGAAUCAUUUGCUCUAAAGAAACUGUUAGAUGCAAUGCCUGAUCUAGUCUACUGCCCCAGGUGUUAUGCUGCUUGCUUGCAAGUUGACAAUGAUGCUCAAUGUCCGGACUGUUUUUUUACCUUCUGCACUUUGUGCAAACAACGCCGCCAUGUGGGGGACCCAUGUAUUACUAGACAAGAAAGAAUUCUCAUUUUGAAGGAACGUCAGAAGUUGCAUUCCAUGCCAGCGGAACAAUUGUUGAAAGAACGGAGGGAAUUAGAAGAGUUGAUGAAUAUCCAGGAAGCGCUUCGUAGUUCUAAGCAAUGCCCUCAUUGUAAGAUGGCUAUCUCAAAAAUUGAAGGUUGCAACAAGAUGAUUUGCGUGAACUGUGGGGGAUACUUUUGCUAUCGUUGCAACCAGGCAAUUAAAGGAUACGAGCAUUUCUGGGGUGGAAAUUGUGUGCUGUUUGGGACCCACGCGCACUACCAAAUUCGAAACCCACAGCAGCAGCGUGAUGAAAAUCCUGGUGACCACGCUGAACUCUUAGAACAACGGGUGCAGCUCACUUAUCCCUGUCCAAACUGUGGCAGUCGGAACGAAAAGCUGGGCACCAACAAUCAUAUAUCUUGCCCGGGAUGCCGAGGCCAUUAUUGUGCAUUGUGUCGGAAAAGGGUCUUGAAGUGUUCCCAACACUUUGGACCUAGAGGUUGCCAGCAACACACUGAAGAUGCUAGGUAGAGAGAUCAUUUGUCAAUCGCUAUGCAGAACUUUGUUUUGCCUAUUCCAGCGUCAUAUACUCAUACACUGAUUUUAAAAUUGUACUUACCUGUAACAGUACCCAAAAUUAGAGCUUUCCUAUAGCAGUACAACUUUGGAUUUGCAGUAGGAAUUUCUUCAUAGCACUUUACUACAGUCGAUAUUGGUGGAAAAAAAACAAAAGCACACAUAUACCUGAUUUGAACGAACAAGGUUUUGGCUUGUAAUUAGUGAACAGUUCAAAUGUGUGGAGAAUAAAGAUUCAAUUCAUUCAUUUGAUCAUUA